AUGCCGAGCCAUCCUAAGGCUGGGACCUCGUCGGAUGACAAAGUGCAGAACAACCACAUGAUGCAAUCAGUUACUAAGGGAUGUGGUUUACAGAAUGCAAGGCUGUAUCAUCUCAAUGCUUCUGCUGCUGGCUUCGAUUGCAUGCACGCUCCUUCCGGUGUCUGGGUACCUGCGAGAUGGGGAGACUACACUCAUGGCAGGAGCGAGUCCGGCAUCUAUCCUCGCUACAGCAAUGACUCCAACAUCAAAACUGUACAACUCUGGUAUAGGAUCCAUCAAGUACCUGCCGUCGGUCCAACAGAGAAUCCGCCUAUCCAGGAACUAGUAGUUGCUUUUCCCACACUUUCAAUUACAAGUACUACAACAGUCGAACCAACUAUCCUAGCGCCAGUCACCACACCAACAAGCAAUUCUCUCGAGGAUGCAUUUGUAGCCCGGGUGGAGCCUGCUGCUAUAGUGCCUCCGCCCCCGAUUGUCAAUCCUGCAGUUAAUCCCGUUCCGCCCGUACCCGCGCCCACGCCUACUUCUUCGGGUUCAUCUAUGACAACGAGUACCAGUGCUUCACAUGCAAUGACGUCGUUUAGCAAUGUGCCCUUCGUCACUGUGCAGUGGGUUGAGACAUUCAUUGGCGGCACCUAUUCGACCUGGUGGCCCCACACUAUCUCUAUUGACUUCAAGCCGCAAAGAUCCGCAGCACCAGCUCCGGGUAGAGGAGAGAUUGGUAUGGGGACCUUGACAGGCAAGACUGGUCAGACUCAGACAGUCGUAGAGGUGGUCGCUGCUGCUGCUACGCAAGACUCGGGCUGGACCAAGGGCAUCGCUGCUAUGGCCGGUGUCGGUAUUAUGGGCAUUUUAUGAGCUGCAGGGUUGGAAUCGAAUUAGAAUUAUGGGUCUGGUUAUGCGGUGGAUGGUAUGGAAGAUCGAAGCCUAUUUCGCCAAAUAUCCGUUGGGACACGUUAAUACGGCGAAUUACAGAAUGUAACGACUUAUGAGAGAUGCUCACCGCAUAACAGAGAU